AUGAAUGAUGCAGAAGCAGUCUCUUGCUUGGAAUGUGUCAUGAAAGAAAUUCAGAAACUUUGUAAUAUCAAUAUUGAUGUUAGUAAAAUGUUCACCACCAAAUGUAACAUAAAAAAUAUCCAAGAAGAUGGUACUUCUGUUGAGAAAGGAAACAGAAAGCCUUGGAAGCGAAUUCUUUUGUAUGGGCCACCUGGAACAGGAAAAUCACGUUUGGCUCUGGCACUCUCCUCUGCUAUAACAUCAACAUUUUAUUCUAUCUCCAGUGCAGAUCUUCUUUCCAGCUGGGUAGGGGAGAGUGAAAAGUCAAUCAAAGAACUUUUUCAACAUGCAUGUCAAAGUAAUUCUAGAUCGGUAAUUUUCAUUGAUGAAAUUGACAGCAUUUGCAGAAAAAGAAAUAUUCAGGAAGCAGAACAUACGCGAAGAUUUAAAACUGAACUUCUCAAACAGAUGGAAGGAGUUGGCAAUAUAGAAAAUGGAGACAAAGUUUUUCUAUUAUUAGGAAUAGUAUUGGAAGCACGCAUUGAGCUGCUGAAAAUUCACACAAAAGACAGCUGUAUAAACAUAUCUGAUGAAGAGUGGCAGACACUGGGUCAGAAAACAGAACUGUAUUCUGGGAGUGACAUCGCUAACUUGACUCUUGGGGCACUCUUUCAACCAAUCAGAGAAAUGCAAAAUGCUAAGUACUGGAAACAUCUGCCUGGUGGCAGAUUUGUUCCCUGUGAUUCCAACAGUUCUGGUGCCAUACAAACAGAAUUAAAGAACUUGCCUGCUGAUUUGGUUAUUCCUAAACAAGUGCAACUGGAUGAUUUUCUUAAAUCAAUGAAGACACACAGCAAAACAAUCAGCGAAACUGAUUUGGUUCAGUUUACACAAUUUGCUAAAUCUUAUUCUCAAACUGGUUAA